AUGAUCAUCGUCUCGGACAUCGUUACCCUUCAACAGCGAGGGAAGUACCAAGGCAUUCUGGGUGCGUCUUUAGGGCUUGGGAAUGUUAUUGGUCCGUUCGUCGCUGCAGCUUUUGUCAUGGACUCGACCUGGCGAGGGUUCUUCUGGCUGUUGUCUCCACUGGCAGCAUGCUGCAUCAUUGUUGGGUACAUUUUGAUUCCUAACAAUGCACGAAAGGAUAGUUUCCGGGAGAAUGUCCGCAGAAUCGAUUUCUGGGGUAUUAUCGCCUCGUCGAUCGGUAUCAUCUUCGUGCUGAUUCCCAUCUCUGGUGGCGGGUCGUAUUUCAAUUGGGACUCGCCCAUGGUUAUCAGUAUGCUCACUAUUGGAGGCUGCGCCAUCCUUGCCUUUAUUGUGGUCGAAUGGAAAGUGGCGGUUCUGCCUAUGCUUCCAGUGGUUUUCUUCAAGAACAAAGUGCUUUGUGCUCUAUUCCUGCAGAGUUUCCUUCUUGGUGCUGUCUACCAGUCAUGCCUCUACUACUUGCCCUUGUACUACCAGAACGCUCGUGGCUGGUCGCCGAUUGUGUCUGCUGCAUUGACUGCACCCAUGGUAGCUUGCCAAUCGCUCGCAUCGAUUACUUCUGGGCAGUACAUUUCACGAAUGAAGCGUUACGGAGAGGUGAUUUGGGCUGGCUUUUUCAUGUGGACCUUGGGUGCUGGCCUGAUGCUGUUAUUUGAUCGUCAUACCAGCCCCGGUGCCAUUGCCGUUAUUGUGGGAAUUGCGGGCAUUGGCGUGGGCUGGACCUUUCAGCCAACCAUGAUCGCCUUCCAAGCCCACUGCACCAAGGCCCAACGAGCUGUCGUUAUCUCAGACCGGAACUUCUUCCGCUGUAUGGGCGGUGCCUGCGGCCUGGCCGUCUCCGCGGCCCUCCUGCAAGCCUCGCUGCGAUCCAACCUCCCAGCCGGUUACAAAGACGUUGCGCAUUCCUCAUAUACCCUCCCAUCCCGCGAUGGUAUCUCAGAUUUUGACUGGGAACAGAUUCUCGACGCCUACGCCAAGGCAUCGCAUUCAGUGUUCAUCCUGCAGGUCCCAUUGAUCGGUAUCUGCCUUAUUGCAUGUCUUCUCAUUCGGGACCGAGGCUUGGAGCGACCGAAAGAUGCGCAUGAGAUUGAAGAAGAGAAGCGACAAGAGGAGGAGAAGAGAAGACAGGCGGAAGCUCGAGAGCAACAAGAGCAAGGAACUGCUGCUGGUCAGGAUGUGGAAGCUCAGGUACCGCAUGAGUCUGAGCCGGCGCCGGUGGAUCAUUCAACCAUUCUUCCCGUUAAUACUGUGACAACAACUAUCCCAUCUGCUCCAACUGUCACAAAGCCGGAGCGAACUGCGACAAAGCUUCCAUACACGCGGGCUCUCGAGAGCCGCAUACAAUAUUUGGAGUCACAGCUAGAUUCGAGAGCCAAGAGCAGCCGGGCCAGCAGCCAUGUUGCUCACCCUGUAGCGGCACUACUCUCCCCACAGAAUCCGCCGACACCGGCGGGGUCGACGACCGAACUUGACCGCAAUGCUGUGGGGGAGAUAGUGGGCUUUCUCGCCCUCAACUCGUCGGAGGCCCCGGCAUAUGUAGGAUCUAGCUCAGGGUUAUCUCUGGCUGCAGACCUCGGAGAGAUGGUUCAAGCCACGGUCUGGAACCAAGCUCUCUCCUCGUCUAGGACUCCAACCGGAACCCGAGUGGGACAGCUCCCCGGUCAGACCAUCACCGGGCUUCCCCCGCAACCAUCCACUGGGGACAAGACCUCAUCAGAAGAGCGGGCGAGACCGUUGCGUAUGGACGAGCUGCUGUCUAAGACCACGGACCCGCCGAAUGAUGAGCUGGGAUCGCGGAUUUUGCGCGCCUACUUGACGAGACUGCAUGUGAGGUAUCCUUUCCUUGAUCGGACAGAGCUAUGGCGCCUGCAUGAAGACCGCUGGCGGUUGGCCAGGACUCCUCGCGAAGAGCUUACUAGGGCGGAGCGAUUCGGCAUCUUCAAGCUGUACCUGGUCUACGCCAUUGGCGCAACCACGAUAAAGUUGAGUGAGAACCUUGCCACCAUUGUCCCGGAGCAAUUCUAUACGACAGCAAUACAGACCGUGCCCAAAAUGUGCGAGCCACGGUCGGUGGAGAACAUCGAAGCCAUGACUCUGCUGGUGGUAUACCACCUGCGAUCUGCGUCCAGCCAGGGCAUGUGGUACAUGGUCGGGCUUGCCAUGCGAACAGCCAUCGACCUGGGGUUGCACCGAAAAGCGAACGAGAACAACCUGGAUCCAUUCACCGCGCAGAUGCGACGCCGUCUGUUCUGGACGGUCUACUACCUCGAGCGUGUGGUCUCCAUGUCGUUGGGCCGGCCCUUCAGCAUCGCAGACCGACACAUCGACCUGCCUUUACCACUCGACGUCGAUGACGACGUGCAUGAUCCGGCUGUGCUGACUGCCAGUCCACCGAUGGACCGGAUCACAAGCUUAACGUUUGCAAUCUACCUCAUGAAACUCCGUCGGAUCGACUCCCGGAUCCAACACAAGAUCUACCGAGCCGAUCGAUCACUGCACACGCUGCGCUCCAAAAUGGACCGCCUGUAUCUAGAACUGGAGGAAUGGAAGCAGUCCGCAACCCGCCGAUUCAGCGGAUCCGAUCUCGACUAUCCCAUGCUACACUAUCACCGGGCUCUCCGACUGCUGAUCCAGCCUUUCCUCCCCUCUCUUCCGCUCACAGACCCGUACUAUCACAUCUGCCUGCGCGCCGCCGGCAACACCUGCCAGACGCACAAGCGCCUGCACCAGACCCUGGAAUACGGGCACUCCUUCCUGGCAGUGCAAACCGUGUUUAUGGCCGGCAUUACCCUGCUCUACGCCCUGUGGACGCACACCAGCGAAGUCUGGUCGGUGCAGCUCAGCAACGACAUCCGCGCUUGCUCUACCGUGCUCUUCGUCAUGGGCGAGCGCGCCAAGUGGGUCAAAAAGUACCGCGACGCCUUUGAGCUGCUCGUCAACGCCGCCAUGGAGAAGCUCGACGGCGCCGACGCCACGAAGAAGGUCGGCAUGGCCGAGCUGAUGACCGCGCAGCACAACAGCAGCGGCGGCGGCAGCAUCAACGCCGGCAUGUUCCGCGACAACCACCCCAACACCACUCCAGGAGCUGCGACAACAAUGCAGGCAGCCUCCAGCGCCGCGACUUCCAAUGCCAAUGCCAACCCCAACGCGCACGCCAAUCCUGGAGGCUCUGGCGACCCGACCACCAGCCAGGAUCACGGCGUGCGUAUGGCGUUGCAGCUCGCCCCGUGGAUCGACUUGGAGGAGGAUAGUCCGUUCUGGAUGCCGGACUUUGAGACCCUGGAAGGUCUGUCAGGGGAUCCGUGGAGUAGCGGCGGGGAUUUUGCGCCGUUUGCGCCGGUGGACCCGCUGUUUGGGGUGGCGACGGGGCCGGAUGUGUGA